AUGUUAGGUAACAAUGAAGUUGAAGAAUUGGCAGCAAGAGAAAUCAUGAAGAAAUACGAUCCAGAUAUUACUAAACACUCAAACUCCUGGGUUAUUGCUCCACUGAUGAUCGACUCAUUAACGGCUUAUAUUGUUCGAGAAACAAACUCACCUGUUAAAGAUGUCUAUCCUUUCAAAGCUGAAAAUCCAAAUGAGUUGGAAAUGGAAUUUCGAUUCAAAUGCUCUUCUAAAGUACAUGCAACAGAAAUUCAAAAAAAAAUCAUUGAUGAUGUCUAUGGAAUCGAAUCAGGAGGUGGCGGUUUCGAUUAUAUGGGCUUCAGUCUUGGCGCUCAAGGUGCAACAUCUAGUUCAACUUCAAAUCGUCUUUCAAAUGCGACAAAGUCAGUGUUUUCACUAGCCGAAAUCCAAGAUUUACUCAAGCAAGAAUCAAUUGAAAUGGCAUGGACUGGUGAAAAGUUCAUACCGAAGUCAUUCUAUGUUUAUCGACUGACCGAUAUCACCGAUCGUCUAGAAGUUCACAUUAAUUCGCAACAACUACUUGCUGAAAAGAAAAGUGGUGGUAUUGUUCGUGCAGUCAAUCUCAGAAGCAAACCGUUAACAGCAUCAGAAGGAUACUCACCGCCAUUGUUAGGUGAAAUAAAGUUGUACUCAGGUGAUGCAUUAUUUCGAUCACGUCGUUGGGUGUUCUGUCACGGGCAAGCUCUUUCUCGAAUCGAAUAUCAUAAGUUGUUUUCUGUCAUCGGUGAAUCAUUUGGAGCCGGAGAUGGUAAAACAACAUUCAAUGUGCCUGAUUUUCGUGGUCGAUUUCCAUUAGGUCUCAAUCCAAGUGAAUAUCAGCUAGCCAAUUUUAAGACCGGAAGAAAAGCAACACAAACACUUAUUGUUGAUCAAUUGCCUAGUCAUCACCAUAGUGCUGACAGAUUAUACACUACCGAUGCGGGGACACAUAGCCAUACAACCAACGAUCCAGGCCACAAUCAUGCAGGUGUCAAUCAGCGAAUAAAUAGAUUUAUUCAAGAUCGAAUUUUUACAACUCGUUUGACUUUUGUCAAAUGGUUAUCAGAUAAUUUUCUCGAUCUAAUUUGUUGUGAUAUGAUAUAUAAUCGAUUUUGUUUACAAAUUUUACCCGAAAUUCAUCAUAACGUUAAAUGGCUCGAUCUUGAAUCAUCAUCGAUGAAAUAUGUUUUACAUGCUGCUCGUUAUCCUAAUUUACAUAGUCUCGGUCUCUAUAAUAUUCAUGAAGAGUCACUUCAAUGUCUUUUUACUGAUAAAGCUCUUUCAUCUGGUAUGUUCAAAAACCAAAUUACAACACUGUUAAUUACAAUUGAUAAUAAUAAGGUGACUCUAAAUGAUUUCAUAUUAUAUGAAUCAUCGUAUAAAAAUCGUCUACGAUUAUUUUUUUAUGAUCCACCUCCUCGUACAUUUUAUUCUUCAACUCUUCGGAAAUUAAGUGUUAGAUUACAAUGUAUUGGUGAUUGUCUUUAUCUUCUCGAUGGUCGAUUUAAUCAACUUCACACACUCUAUGUUGAUUUGGUUAAUCUCCAUGGCUCACAUAGAAUUCAAAAUGAAAAAGAUUUACCAAAUCUAAAAUGUUUUUCCUUGUCAUGUAAUAUCGAAAGUUAUAAUUAUAAUGAAACAAUUCUUCCUCUUCUCGAUCGAAUGUUCAAUCUCGAAGAAUUGAGUUUGUAUCUAGCGGUGAUUGUUGAUGGAACAUUUAUUGAUGGAAAUCAUUUGAAGAGAAAUAUUAUUGAUUCUAUGCCACGGUUAAAUCAAUUUUCAUUUUAUAUACGUUCAGUCAUGUAUAUUCGGAAUCAAGUGAAUUUACCAUCAACAGAAGAUAUUAAACGCACAUUCAUUGACUUUUCAGAUUAUGAAAUCAUUUCUUAUGUUGAUUAUUUUCGCAAAGCACAACAAAGUCGAUGUCAUAUUUAUUCAUAUCCAUCUUUUAUGCCAUAUUAUGGUAGUAUUUCAAAUAAUUUUCCAGGUGGAUUAUUCAAAUAUGUUCGUGCAGUAUCAUUAUAUGAUGAAAAUCCUUUUGAACAUGAAUUUUUUCUUCGAAUUGUUCAAUCAUUUCCAUUGAUGGAAAAACUAACUUUGACUAAUAAUAAACCCCAAAAUUGGAAACAAUCUUAUUCAUCCAACAAUAAUAAUGAAAAUGUAUCUGCUAUUGAGUAUUCUUGUCUUAAUGAACUUGUUAUUAUUGAUGUUCAUGAUGAUUAUAUUGAAGAAUUUCUGCUUGAUACUAAAACGUAUUUGCUGAAGAAUGUUUUUCUUUCUAUCAAUUAUGAAUCAUUGAAACGUGUAACACGUAAUUUUACAAGAGAUGCUACACGAAUUAAUUGUGCGAAAAUAAAUGAAUUAGAAUUAUUUCCUGAAACACAAUAUUUGAAUUCUUUACAAGAAUAUUUUCCUUAUGCAAAAAUAUGUUACUUAGAAACAUUUACAAGAACAACACAAUAA